AUGGAUCAUCAUCUGUAUAUGUCAACAUUUUUUAUUACAAUUUUAUUUAAUACUCAAGCAUCGGAUGAUGAUGAUAUUGAUCGUCUUAAUAGAAAAUAUACUGUUUAUCUACUUAUUGCACUUGCUGUUAUAUCAGCUUCACGUUUAUUUAUGAAUAUAACAUCAUUAAUAUCUUGCUGGAAUCGAGCUAAUUUUCAUUCAGCAUAUAUUAAGUAUACGAACUAUAUUUGUUUUAUUACGAAUACAUAUCAAUUAGAUACGAAUGAACAAAUACCAAAUUCAAUAAAUGAAAGGAAAGCUCGUGUGUUGAAUUAUUAUCAAUGGACACCAUUUAUUAUUUUAUUGAUGGCAUUAUUUUUUUAUCUUCCACGUUUAUUUUGGCGUACAUUAAGUGUUCGUUCAGGUAUUGAUCUUCUUGAUAUAAUUGAUGCAGCUGGUGAAACUAAAACAGUAAAAGAUUUUGAUGAUCGUGAUCAAUUAAUAAAAUAUAUGGUUGAUACAAUUGAUAUGUAUGUUGAUGAUGCACGUCGACAUAGCGAUGCAGAAAAACGACAAAGAUCAUUAAUACAAAAAUUUUUUCAAUUACUUUGUUGUAUGACUGGAAAAUUUUUAGGAAAUUAUUUUAUUACACUUUAUAUAUUUAUUAAAAUUUGUUAUAUAUUCAAUGUUAUAUUCCAAAUUUGGUUACUUAGUGUUUUCCUUGGUACAAAUUUUUUAAGAUUUGGUUAUGAAAGUGUGAAAUUAUUUCGACAUGGUCUCAAUCAACCGGAAUCAAAAUAUUUUCCAAGAGAAACAUUCUGUGAUUUUUUUGUACGUGAACCAUUACGUGGUGGAGAACCAAUGCAAAGAAUUACUGUUCAAUGUGUAUUAACUGUUAAUCUUUUCAAUCAGCAAAUAUUUACAUUAUUAUGGAUUUGGUAUGUUUUUGUAUUAAUAUGCAAUGUAUAUGCAUUAGUUUCGUGGUCUAUACGUCUUGGUUCGUCUAGUCGACAAUAUGAAUUUAUACAUACUCGUCUUGCACGUACAUCUCGACCCGAAAUUCCUCGUUUUCGUUUUGAUUUUAAACAUGCUACACGCGAAAUUGGAGAUCAUGUACAUAAAGCACUUGUUAAACAAUUUUUAACAGAAUAUUUAGAAGGUGAUGGUUAUUUUUUUAUACGUUUAUUAGCAGCAAAUGCAUCUGAUUUUAUUGUUCAAGAAGUUUUAGAACAAUUAUGGACAGUUUAUGUAAUGAAAUAUGGUGAAAUUGAUGCUACACGUGCUGAAGAUGAAUUUUAUCAAUUUCGAAUAAAACCAUCGAAUGCACAACCAUUUGAUGCAACAACUUCACGUUCAUUCGCAGCUGUUGAUACAACUGAUUCAACAGUAGAUUUAAAACGAAAACCAAAAAAACAAAAUUCUGAUGUAGGCGUUGGACUAUUAUCAGCAACGAAUAGAUUUGAGCCAGUUUAA